CGACCUCGCUCCGGUGGCGAACGAGUCGCGGAACCAGCAAGAGCGCACAAUUAACUCGGGAGCAUUUCGUUGGUUGAUUGAUCUUUCCCAGCCGGAGAACCGAUGGCGGACGACGCGUACGACCUCCCCGGCGUCGGCGAGGAGGAGGAGGAGGUGAUGGGGGACCUGGAGGAGGACGAGGCCAUGAAGGACCUCGACGGCGGCGACGACGGGGACGAUGAGGACAACUUCCCGGGGACGAUGAAGGUCGGGGAGGAGAAGGAGAUCGGGAAGCAGGGGCUCAAGAAGAAGCUCGUCAAGGAGGGCGAGGGUUGGGACCGCCCCGAGACCGGCGACGAGGUCGAAGUUCAUUACACGGGCACCCUUCUUGAUGGAACGAAGUUCGAUUCGAGCCGUGACCGUGGAACCCCCUUCAAGUUCAAGCUCGGGCAAGGGCAAGUGAUAAAAGGAUGGGACCUCGGCAUCAAGACCAUGAAGAAGGGCGAGAACGCAGUAUUCACCAUCCCGCCUGAGCUUGCCUACGGCGAGACUGGCUCAUCGCCAACUAUCCCUCCAAACGCGACGCUCCAGUUCGAUGUCGAGCUUCUGUCCUGGGCCAGCGUCAAAGACAUCUGCAAGGACGGUGGUAUCUUCAAGAAGAUCCUUGUUGAAGGCGAGAAAUGGGAGAACCCCAAGGACCUAGACGAAGUUUUCGUUAAGUACAAUGCGAGGCUCGAGGAUGGAACUACUGUGUCCAAGUCUGAUGGUGUUGAAUUUGCCGUCAAAGAUGGCUACUUCUGCCCGGCACUCUCCAAGGCUGUGAAGACCAUGAAGAAGGGUGAAAAGGUGCUACUCACUGUCAAGCCACAAUAUGGAUUUGGCGAGCAAGGAAGACCGGCUUCAGGAGAUGAAGGUGCUGUUCCACCAAACGCAACUCUGCAUAUUGAUCUCGAGCUGGUCUCUUGGAAGACUGUGACACUGAUCGGUGAUGACAAGAGGAUCUUGAAGAAGGUCCUCAAGGAAGGCGAAGGCUAUGAGCGCCCUAACGAUGGGGCAAUUGUGAGAGUGAGGCUUAUCGGCAAGUUGGAGGACGACACUGUGUUUGUCAAGAAAGGGCAUGAUGGUGACGAGCCGUUUGAGUUCAGGACCGAUGAGGAGCAGGUCAUCGAAGGGUUUGACAGGACAGUGGUUACUAUGAAGAAAGGAGAGGUUGCGCUGGCGAGAAUACCACCUGAACAUGCUUUUGGAUCCACUGAGACGAAGCAGGAUCUUGCCGUGGUUCCUCCUAACUCCACUGUCUUCUAUGAAGUGGAGCUUGUUUCCUUCGAGAAGGAGAAAGAAUCUUGGGAUUUGAAGAGCAACGUUGAGAAGAUUGAAGCAGCUGCCAAAAAGAAAGAUGAAGGCAAUGCGUGGUUCAAGAUGGGAAAGUAUGCCAAGGCCUCCAAGAGAUAUGAAAAGGCUGCAAAGUACAUUGAGUAUGACAGCUCCUUCAGCGAGGAUGAGAAGAAACAAUCUAAAGCUCUGAAGAUCAGUUGCAAGCUCAACAACGCGGCGUGCAAGCUGAAACUGAAAGAGUACAGAGAAGCAGAGAAACUAUGCACAAAGGUUUUGGAACUGGAGAGCACAAAUGUUAAGGCCCUGUACAGAAGGGCGCAGGCAUACAUUGAGCUUGUUGAUCUGGAGCUGGCAGAGUUGGAUAUCAAGAAAGCCCUGGAAAUUGAUCCCGAUAACAGGGAUGUGAAGCUGGUGUACAAGACCCUAAAGGAGAAGAUGAAAGAGUACAACAGACGAGACGCCAAGUUCUACGGCAACAUGUUUGCGAAAUGGAGGAAGCUGGAGCACAUGGACAAGGUGCCUGGGAAGCAGGAACCUCAGCCCAAGGCCAUAGACAGCGCUGCAUAAAAGCUCUACGCCUUGUCGCAAGGCCGUGUUACUACCGACUGGUUUCCAUGCUUUAACUACGUGGAUCAGAGGAGAACGGUUUAGCCAUCUCUACUGUCACCUGUGUCGUCUGUCACUUCGUGUAUGCUGCGGCGUUGUACCCAUAUGUACCCAUCUCCGUUCUACGGUGCACUAGACUAUGCUAUAAUAGACAAUAGAUCUACUGUAUAAUUUUAUGGUCGUCCUGCAAUGAUAUUUCUCCUCGUAUCAGUUAUGAAUCGAGCAUGGAUUUUGAGUUGUA